AUGUCCGACCUAGCUGCAGGAAUCUCGAAGCUGAACCCCUUUGCGAAGAAGUCAAAGGUUGACGAUGAAGACAAGGGUGAGGCUAUCGAUGCGGGGACCGUUGCUGGGGGCGGCCAUGCAGCGCGUCGAUCAGGCAUAACCAAAGACAACUUGCGCGUCAGCACGGCUUUGAAGAAAUAUCUGGUGGAAGAACGCGUCUUGCAGGAGGCAGAAGCAAGCCUUGACUCGGAUCAACCAACAAGCGCGUUACGGGAAUUGCUGGACAAGAGUCACAUCAUUGUACCGCCUCAGGUCAUCGACCGCAAUCAUCCACUCCCAGAGUAUUUCAUCAGCUCCUCACAUAACACCUACUUGAUGGCCCAUCAGCUUUUCGGCGAGUCGCAUGCCUCAGCUUAUGAGAUCGCACUAUAUACCGGUUCCCGAUGCGUUGAGAUUGACGCAUGGGACAAUGAUGACAACAAGGAAGAACCAAAAGUCACUCACGGAUAUACUCUGGUGUCUAACAUCCCAUUCCGUACGGUAUGUGAGACUCUUCGCGAUGUUGUCGACAAAGAAGCUGCCGAGGAACGCCACGCUGCGCCGAUCAUGAUCUCGCUUGAGAACCAUUGCGACGCUCAUGGCCAGGCUCGGCUUGCCCAGAUCAUGCGCGAGGUCUUCGGGGACCGGCUACUUAGUCGAGGUGUGCGCGAGAAGGGCACGCGUGAACAGGAAGGCUCUGGUGAGCACGUCACUUUGGCCGACCUGGGUAACAAGAUCGUUGUCAUCGUCGAGUACCAUUUACCGAAUGAAGUUGAAAGCAGCGACAGCGACUCCAGCUCCGAUGAUGAAGCCGAGAAGCAGGCCCGUCAGCAGUACGCUGAGAAGAAGAAGGCGACGAAUGCUGGACUGAUUGUGCCUGAACUGGCUGAGCUCGGUGUCUACGCACAGUCUGUGAAGCCAGUCAACAACUCCUGGUUCGAAGGCAAUCUCGAAAAUGCACCCCAUCAUCAGCUCAUCAACGUCUCAGAGUCAGGACUCAAGGCUCACUUGCCAAGCAACAGUGCAAAGAUCGCACGACACAAUGCGCACCACUUAAUGCGCGUCUUCCCCAAAGGCACCCGGAUCUCUAGUAAAAACCUUGCACCAGUCCCAUUCUGGGGUAUAGGCGCCCAGAUAUGCGCACUUAACUGGCAAACUUUCGGGGCAGCCUCGCAACUCAACGAAGCUCUUUUCGCCGGCUCAGGCGGCUACGUCUUGAAGCCUGCCGCAUUGCGCGCUGGAGGUGAUGGGAACUUAAACACUGGACGACGAAGGAAGCUACGCCUACAUGUUGCAGGUGCAACAGAUGUGCCUCUGCCAAAGGACCGAGAGACUGACGACAUCAAACCAUAUCUCACAUGCACAAUGGUGCAUCCAUCAGAUCUGAACAACAUGCCCGUCAAGCGCAAGACCGCUGGCUACAAGCCUCAUAAACUCACCAGCUUUCUUCACAAGGACAACUCACCCUCCACGGACCCCAUUUGGAAAGAGGUCCUGGAAUGGGAAUAUGAGGACAACGAGCUGGUCUUUUUGCGCCUGCUCAUCAAGAGCGAUGACAGCUUUGCGCGGAACCCGAUAUUCGCCGUUGCUGCAGUGCGACUCAUGUAUGCCGCGCCAGGGUGGAGCUUCAUUCGUAUGUUGGAUCUCGGCGGGCAUGAGACGACGUGUACAUUGCUCGUCAGGUUCGAGUUCGUCGACAUCUAG